GACCACAACUGCACCCCCAGAACCUUCAUAGAAUAUUGAGAGUCUCAUGCUCCGGUAGCAAAUAUGAUCACAAGAUUCAUCACCGAAGUCUCAACAGUCUUCAAUCCCUUCUCUCCCAAAGCCAAAACCGCACGGUUAUUUCUCUCAGUUCUCCCACCAAAUGCACGACAGACUAUGAAGAUCGAUACAAAGAUACUACCAAGAGCAUCAAAAGAGCCGAGUCUUGUGCGCCUUAAGUUUAAGGACGGAAAAGAGAUGAAGUUGGACGCAGAGAAGCUCGGUAUUAGAGGUGUAUCUGAUGAGGUGGAUAGGCAUUCACGAAUUUUGGCAAGGCAGGAGGAAUUGACCGGAAACUGAUGAUAUGAUGCUGGAAUGUAUAUUUAUUGCAUGUGGGAGGCGUUUUCAAGGUCGUAUGAUUGACAAUAUCAUACUUUCAAUAAGCGUAGUGUCUUUUAUGUGAACAUAACAAAUGUGUUGUAGGACUUUAUACGUCCCUCAAACAUAUCUAUAUUUUAUGAGUUGACUCGCCAAGGCCUACGCAAGGAUGGAAUAGAAGGAAUCAUCUACAAAUCA